AUGAGCAUCAGGACCCCACCCACACUCCUGCAGCUGGCAGCGGAGAGCCUGCUGAGGGACCAGGCCUCGGCCAUCGCAGCUCUGGAGUACCUGCCCGCCGAGCUCUUCCCACAGCUGUUCAUCCUGGCCUACCACAGUAGACGCCACCAGGUCCUGAAGGCGAUGGCACAAGUCUGGCCCUUCACUGUCCUCCCUCUGGGCGGCCUGCCACACCUGUCACUGGACGAGGUCUUUAAAGCCGUGUUGGAUGGGCUUGACCUUCUGCUUGCCCAGGAGGUUCGCCCCAGGAGGUGGAAACUGCGGGUGCUGGAUUUAAGGAAUCUCGGUGCAGACUUCUGGAGAAUGUGGUGUGGAGACAGCAUCCAGAAGCCCCCACCGACUUGUCCAGUGGCUGUGCACAGGUCCAGACCCAACAUGGAACACCCCUUAGCUCCCGUGGAGGUGUUCCUAGACCUUAACUUCAAUGCAAGCAACAGGGAAGAGUUUCUCAUGUACGUCAUCCAAUGGGCCCAGCAGAGGGAAGGGCUGGUACACCUGUGCUGCAAGACGCUGAAAAUUGCUGCGGUGCCCUUCCACAGGGUGAGGCAGGUCCUGGAUGCGGUGCAGUUGGACUGCAUCCAGGAGGUGAAAGUGAACUGCACCUGGGACCUAUCCACCCUGGGGACGUUUGCUUUUUACCUGGGGCAGAUGAGGAACCUGCAGAAACUCUCUCUCUCCCACAUCAAAGUGUUGAGUGAGGAGGAGGGAGAUGAGGAUGAGGAGGAAGAAGAGGAGGAAGUAGAGUCAGAGGUAGAACAGGAGCAAGAGGAAGUGGAAGAGGCUGAGAAUCAGGAAUCUUUUUCCCAAUUCCUCUCUCAGAUGCUCAGGCUGCAGCACCUCAGGGAGCUCGACAUGGAUUCCCCCUCCUUCCUCCGAGGCCGUCUGGACCAGAUGCUCAGGUGCCUGCAGACCCCCUUGAAAAAACUCACCAUAACAAAUUGCCAGAGCCUGACCCAUUCAGACCUGACACACCUGUUCCAGUGCCCGAACCUCAGGCAGCUGAAGUGCCUGCGUCUGUAUUGUGCCAGCCUCGCUGACUUUAGUCCUGAGCCCCUCCGAGCUCUGCUGGAGGCAUUGGCACCUACCCUCCAGGAACUGUACCUUGAAAAUUGUGGCAUCGUGGACUCUCAAGUGGAAGCCAUCCUGCCUGUCCUGAGCUGCUGUCACCAGCUCAUUACCAUCACCAUCACUGAGAACCGCCUGUGCUUGGCCAUUGUGGGGAAGUUGCUGCGUCACACAGCUGGGAUUCGCAGCUUAGACCUGGAGCUGUACCCGGUGCCCCUGGAGUGUUACACGACCCAGGGCACUGUCAACCAGAAGAGACUUGCCGUGAUCCGGACUGAGCUGGUGGGGAUUCUGAGGGAGUUGGACAGCCCAGGGCCAUCCUGCUUGCCACCAAGCCCAGAGGCCAAAGGGAAUAUUAUAAGGUGGCAUUUUCAUGA